UUUAUCACAGCUAGAUUUUAUUCCCCAAGGCCACUGCGCUAAUUCAAUCGAUUGAUCUAUCGAUAUAGCUUUGCUUCAGAUAUGAACGUCUCGUAACUCAACUUGGGAGAAUACUAGAAUUUGUUGCGACUUGUAUAGUGCUGCUUCCAGCUUAGACAAAAUGGCAUCGGUUCAGGCCCCUCCGGCCGUGCACCAUUCUGGUUCGUCAGCGAUGCCAAUGCAGAUGAACCAGGCGCAGGUGCAAGAGAUGUACAUGAAGUUUCAGCAGAUGAAGGAACGCGGCGUUCCACAAACGGACCCCGAAUUUGUGAAGACGAGCCAAUUUUUGAUCAACGUUCAACAGCAACAACGAAUGCGCAAGCAGCAGCAGCAGCAGCAGCAACAACAACAGAACUAUUUGCAGAUGCAGGCUGCACAGAUGUCGCAUAACACUCCUAAUGGCACUGUAAUUGGAAAUCAGCCAGCCCCGCACAACCAACCACAGCAACCUGCUCUUCACACUACCCAGCCGCCUACUCCCAAUGCCUUGAGUGCCUCUGCACUGCCCUCUACCUCUGGCCCAGGCGCCCAGCCAACUACAUCGUCGCCUUCCACUGCUUCACCCAUGACCCAGUUCUCUCCUCAGCAGCUAGGUCUCUUGAGACAACAGAUCCAAGCCUUCAAGUUACUUAGCAAGAAUGCUGGUGUACCCUACCAAAUGCAACAAGCGCUGAACGCGCAACGCCAGCGUAGACAGGCGGUUGCCGAGCAAUCCACUCAACCACCUGCUCCUACCGCCGCUGCUACGGCAACUCCCGCAUCUGAGGCGCCCAAAGCAGAGUCUGUUCCGCCUAGCGGUGAUGCCGAAGUUGAAGCAGAAGCAGAAGCCUCCUCACCCAAAGGACGAACCUUCAAGACAAUCAAGUCCCCGUACGAAGGUGGUCUUGUCCGCAAGGACGUUAGCUAUUACGAUCAUGGCCUGCGUGGUCAGCGGCUCCUCAUCCCUAGCAUUUUCCCUACUGGCGUCGACUUCGAGCAGUUACGGCACGAACGGGAAAUCAUAAUCUUCAACCGCAUGAAGGCCAGGUAUGCUGAGCUUAAGGCACUACCGGGAAAUGUUGCGCAUUGGGAUACUAUGAAGGAGACCGUUGAUUCUGAUGACACGCUGAAACGCAAAGCUAUCAUAGAACUAAAGUCUCUAGGGUUAUACGCCAAGCAGCGUGCUCUGCGUGAGAAGAUUGGUCGUCAGAUGAUGCACUAUGACAAUCUGGCUAUGACUACUAAUCGUAGCCAGUAUCGACGGACCAAGAAGCAAAGCGUGCGCGAAGCUCGCAUCACAGAGAAGCUUGAGAAGCAACAGCGAGAUGCUCGUGAAACUCGUGAGAAGAAGAAGCACGUUGAUUUCCUCCAAGCCGUUCAACACCACAAGUCAGAUAUUUUCAGCUCUGCACUCGCUGCUAAGACCAGGUCAGGAAGGAUAGGAAGGACUAUGCAUUCUCAUCAUUUCAAUAUCGAGAAGGAAGAACAGAAGCGCAUUGAGCGUACAGCCAAGCAACGUCUCCAAGCUCUUAAGGCUAACGACGAAGAGGCUUACCUCAAGUUGCUCGACCAGGCGAAGGACACACGUAUUACCCAUCUUCUCAGGCAAACUGACGGCUUCUUGCAUCAGCUUGCAUCUUCUGUUAAAGCACAACAACGUCAAGCCGCGGAAAGAUACGGUGACGAAAUUGUGCCGGAAGAAGAAAGCGAAGUUGAGGAAGAUGAAGAGGCCAGACGCAAGAUCGACUAUUAUGCCGUGGCCCAUCGUAUCAAGGAGGAGGUUACAGAGCAAGCCAGCAUGCUUGUUGGUGGUUCUCUCAAAGAAUAUCAGAUCAAGGGCCUGCAAUGGAUGCUUUCGCUCUACAACAACAACCUCAAUGGAAUCCUUGCUGACGAAAUGGGUCUCGGAAAGACGAUCCAGACGAUUAGCUUGAUCACUUACCUCAUCGAGCGCAAGAUGCAACAGGGCCCAUACCUUGUCAUUGUGCCUCUCAGUACCCUGACUAACUGGAACCUGGAAUUUGAGAAGUGGGCCCCUUCAGUCAGCCGUAUCGUCUACAAGGGACCACCGAAUACUCGAAAGCAACAACAAGAGAAGAUUCGCCAAGGACGAUUCCAAGUUUUGCUGACGACGUAUGAAUACAUCAUCAAAGAUCGGCCCGUAUUGAGCAAGAUCAAAUGGUUUCAUAUGAUCAUUGACGAAGGACAUCGCAUGAAGAACACCAACUCAAAGUUGAGCGCUACCAUUUCUUCGUAUUACAAUACGAGAUUCCGACUUAUUCUCACUGGUACUCCCCUCCAGAACAACCUGGGCGAGCUCUGGGCCAUGCUCAACUUCGUUCUUCCAAACAUCUUCAAAUCGGUAAAGACAUUUGAUGAAUGGUUCAAUACUCCGUUCGCAAAUACCGGCGGACAAGACAAGAUGGAGCUCAAUGAAGAAGAGCAAAUUCUUGUUAUUCGUCGUCUCCACAAAGUGCUACGACCUUUCCUACUUCGCCGUCUGAAGAAGGAUGUGGAGAAGGACCUACCGGACAAGACCGAGAAGGUCAUCAAGUGCAAGUUCUCUGCACUACAGAGUCGCCUAUAUAAGCAAAUGGUCACCCAUCAGAAGAUCACUGUCAGUGAUGGGAAGAACGGCAAGACCGGUACCCGUGGCCUUAGCAACAUGAUUAUGCAACUGCGCAAACUCUGCAAUCAUCCCUUCGUAUUUGACGAUGUAGAGAACCAGAUGAAUCCUAUGAACACAAGUAAUGAUCUCCUUUGGCGAACCGCCGGCAAGUUCGAGCUCUUGGAUCGGAUCCUCCCGAAGUACAAGGCUACUGGUCAUCGUGUUCUAAUGUUCUUCCAAAUGACGGCUAUCAUGGAUAUUAUGGAGGACUUCCUUAAAUACCGAGGGGUCCAGUAUCUCCGCUUGGACGGAACAACAAAAUCGGAGGACCGUUCAGAAUUGUUGAAGGACUUCAAUGCUCCAGAUUCCCCUUAUUUCAUGUUCUUGCUUUCCACCCGUGCCGGUGGUUUGGGUCUAAAUUUGCAAACCGCCGACACUGUCAUUAUCUACGACUCAGAUUGGAACCCCCAUCAGGAUUUGCAAGCUCAAGAUCGUGCUCAUCGUAUCGGUCAGAAGAACGAAGUACGUAUCCUGCGACUUAUUAGCUCGAGUUCCGUCGAGGAGAAGAUUUUGGAACGAGCCAGGUUCAAGUUGGAUAUGGACGGCAAAGUCAUCCAAGCUGGUCGAUUCGAUAAUAAAUCGUCGGAGACUGACCGUGACGCUAUGCUUCGAACGCUGUUAGAAUCGGCGGAUUUAGCUGAGUCUGGCGAGCAGGAAGAAAUGGACGAUGAGGAGUUGAACAUGAUUCUUGCUCGCAAUGACAAUGAAAUUACGGUGUUUCAGAAGUUGGACGAGGAACGUGCGAAGCAUCCUCUAUACGGCAAUGGCCCCAAUUCGAAACGUAUCCCGCGCCUCAUGGCCGAUAAUGAGCUUCCGGAUAUAUAUCUAUCAGAAGGAAAUCCCGUUAGCGAAGAAGCAGAAGAGGUGUUGGGUCGGGGCGCUCGUGAGAGGACACGGGUCAAAUAUGAUGAUGGUCUGACCGAAGAGCAAUGGCUAAUGGCUGUGGAUGAUGAGGAAGACACACCAGAAGCUGCGGCGGCGCGGAAACAAGCCCGCAAGGACAAGCGAGAGACAAACAGACUGAAACGGCUGGCAGUUACAAAUGCAUCUGGUGCAGAUUCUCCGAGCGCAAGUCGCGCUAGCACUGAGGAGGUUGAGACGCCUCCCAAGAAGCGCGGUCGUAAGCCAGGCAGUAAGAACGAAAAACGCAAGGCUGAAGACGACGAUGGUGAACCGCCUGCCAAGAAGCGUCGAGGACCUCAAGGGCGUCCUAGAAUGAUACCAGGUAAUGGAGGUGAUUCGCGUCUCAGUUUCGAAACACGACUAGUUCUUCAGAGGACUCUGCGUAAUCUCUACGAGGGCCUGAUGGAGCUUGAAGCCGAUAUUGCACCAGAAGAUCAGGUUGCCGACGAUGACGAUGAAGAGCCGAAUAAACGUCUGAUAAUCGGACCAUUUGUCAAGCUGCCAUCGAAACGGGAUUAUGGUGACUACUACCUAUUGAUUCAGAACCCAAUCUGCAUGAAUCAAAUACAGGCAAAGAUCAAGAAGGAGGAAUACAAUAGCAUCAAUGAUAUGCGCAAGGACAUUGCUUUGAUGUGCAGCAAUUGCAAGACGUACAAUGAAGAUGGCAGUCUUCUGUACUCGGACGCAAUUGUUAUGGAGAAAUUCUUCAACGACCGAGCUCAAGAAGAGAUCAACGAACAUCCAGAACUGGCGGAUCUCGAGGAUCCGUCUGGAAAAGACAGCUCAGUUCCUCCUACCAGUGCUGGGACACCACAGUCCGCUGCGAACACUACGAGGAUAAAGCUGGUGACUAACGGUACCAGCCAAGCCGGUGUGGGUUCGGGUGGUAUUCAGAGUGAUGGUGAAUAAUGAUUAUGGUGCAAUACCUAGUUGGCCCGCUAUUUGUUUGAUUGUUUGGGCUACUAGUUUAAUAUUUUGACAAAGUGGCUCUAUCAUAGAGCCGUUGACUCAUUGAGAUUUUUCUUAUUCUCAAGUGACAGUUGUUGGCCCGGCAGGCUGCUCAUGAAGGGGAAGUACAAGG